CUCAACUUCAGGAUUAGGCGAAGAAAAAUCAACAAGUACAUAUAAUCCCAAGGCUGUGCAUCCGGCUCCGUCAAAAAGGCGCACAAAACUAACGAGAAACUAGAACAGGAAAUAUCGAACUGGGUGAAUUACAUAUCGAAAGGAAUGGAGGACGGAGAGUUGGACAGAUUUUUCGAAAAGUUCCCCCUGGACGGCGACUGGAAAACGAUGAACCCGCCGACGAUAAACGAGGAAUUCGCCGACAUAUCGGGCGUCGACCGAGAGGUGGACGAGGGCUUCCGAAAGCUGCAAAAGCAACUGGCCACCGUGCUGCGUGUGCUGAGCGAACCGCUGAGCGCCACGCUGGGCUACUCGAGCGCCAACCUGAGCUCGCAGAUCACGCCCCAGAUCGUGGAGGCGACGAAGAACAUUUGCGACGUGAUCCACUCCCUGUCGGUUUACAGACAGGGUUUGAUCGAACCGCAGUUGCACGAGGGCAUUUUGGUCAGGAUACUGCCGGAGAAGGGGUCGGCUGUCGGGGAGACGUUGUUCAGGCUUGCCCGUAACGUGGCUGAGCAACACGAGGGAAAGGAAGCUCCGAGUGUUGACACUCCCAAAACUCCUGAAAACCAUUCGGAAACUACUGAAGGAAAUGUGAUAAACUAUGAUGAUUAUACCAGUAUAAAUGAGACAAAAAGCUAAAUAUAAUUAUUCUUUAAAAGUCUCAACCAUUGUCGAAGCCAUUAUUUUUUAAUUUUAAAUUUAAUAAUUUCUAAAAUUGUGUAAAGAAAAAAUGUUUUUAUGUACAAGGCCUUUUAAAACCAAUUAAACAAUGUUUUAAAAUUG